GCUAAAAACGUGGUUUUGUUUUUAAUCGUUGUUUGUAUCUAGAAUAGUGGAAUUAUGCACAGUCUGUCUUGCAACUGAAUAACUUUCUGGUUAAAUUAAACGAACAUAACUGAUGAACGAAUCAUAAAGGAAAGAAUAGCACUGCAUGGCCAGCGAAGAUCGCUGGUCAACUUCAGUUUAUGGUAACUAAUGGUGCUUCUUGGAUAUGGACUAUUUUGAUGAAACAAAUACACCACUUUUGAGAAGAAAAUUGAGAAUUAUGCAUUCAAAAGUCAGUAGGAACAGAAGCAUGCGUUCCAAUCCAGAAGGCAAUAGUUUAAUGUCAAACAAAAAGAAAAAACUGAGUUUGCCACCAGCCGAUACGAUGGAUACCUUACGAAAGAAGAAACAAACAUAUGACAAUUUUGAUGACUUUGAAGGAAAAUACCUUGCCCAAAAAUCUAAAGCCUUGAACAGAUCUCUUGAAAGCAACAGCAGCUUGGACACGACGACUCCUGAUACUCUGAGUCAGAUCAGUUCUAUUGCUCCUUAUUCAGAUGUCACUAUGCACACAACACUGAACCACUUCAAGAAAGCGAAAGCGAAGCCGUCUGAUGAGACCUGGGAGAAUGCCGUGUCGAAAGCGAGAGGGGAGCCAGAUGGAGCGGAGAAAUCAUUCCAUGCCAAGAAACUGUCCCGGACAGUCAUCAAGGAGGAUAUGGAGGGGGAGGAGGCUGAGCACAAGGAGGACAAAUUAGUGACACCCACAAAACCUCUCCAGAGAAAGAAGUCCAUCAAGGUCCACAUAAAGAAUGCAGCAAGCAAGUUGAAAAUUCUAAGAAGUAAAAGUAAACUGAACACAAGUAAGGCAGGCAGCAAAAGAAAAAUGGAUGUAUCUGCCUUCCCAGAUGAAAGUACAGUUGCUAUGAAGAAACCAAAGUUGAAAGAAUUAUCCUGGAAAGAGAGAAGACAUGAAAGAAAGAUGACGAAGAACAACUUUGAAAUUAUCAAGAAAGCCAAGUUUGUGUGGGAAGAAAUGAGAAGACACAAAUUGCCAGAUGAGAAAAGGCGCAAGCUUUGUGAGGAGUUAUUUAAGAUGGUUUCAGGAAAGAUGUAUGAGUUUGCAUUGGCUCAUGACACUGCCCGUGUUGUUCAGUGUCUUGUGCAGUUUGGAAGUAACGAGCAGAGAACCAGUAUUAUGGAGGAACUUAAAGACAAUAUUGUUGGAAUGUGCAAAUCCAAGUAUGCAAAGUUUGUGAUACGAAAGCUUCUUAAAUAUGGGACAAAACAACAAAGAAGUUUUGUGAUUAAGCAGUUUCAUGGAAAAGUUCGAAAGCUGGUCAGACACAGAGAAGCUUCAGAGAUUUUAGAGUUGGCCUACAAUGAAUAUGCUAAUGCAGCCCAAAGACUUUCCAUUAUGGAGGAGUUCUAUGGACCUAGUUUUACACUCUUCAAGAACCAUGCCACCAAGUCUCUGGAUCAAAUCCUCACUGAGCAGCCCGACAAGAAGGACAUGAUUCUGAGCAACAUGAAGGAGGCACUUCUUCCACUCGUAGACAAAGAAAUAUUGAUACACUCCAUGAUUCAUAGAAUAUUUUUUGAGUUUUUUACUUAUGCAAGUGGAAAAAUGAGAAGUGAAAUGAUUGAGUUGCUGAGAGAACAUCUUGUUACCAUUCUACACACGCGAGAUGGGGCUCGGGUUGCCAUGCACUGUGUUUGGCAUGGCACAGCUAAGGAUCGGAAAGUGAUCAUUAAGUGUUUGAAGACUCAUGUGUUGAAAGUGUGUAAAGAGGAGUACGGACACAUGGUGAUGCUGGCUAUCAUCGACGUGGUGGACGACACCAGACUGGUACACAAGGCUCUGCUUGAUGAAAUGUUGAAAUCUCUGGAUGAAGUAGCUCAGAAUCAGUAUGGCAGAAAGGUUCUGAUCUACCUGCUGUCUCCACGAGACCCUCUUCACUUCCAUCCAGACAUUGUUCACGUGUUACAGGAGGGAGACAAAAACACUACCAGUAAGAAGGAUGGGAAAGUGCGUUCUCAGGAGCUAGCGGACUACGUGUCGAGUGCUCUGUUACAGUACGUGGUGGAUCACAGCCGGGACUUGGUGAUGAACAACAAUACGCUGCUCUUCAUCCUCGCCGUCAUCUCACAUGCAAGAGGUGAUCCUACUGAGGCGAUGUUAGCCAUAUCAAAGAUUGCAGCUGAGCCGUUUGUGGCUGGGAAUUGUGAUAAUUUCCAUAUUGUGGAGCACCCUGCAGGUCACCUGGCAUUGAAGCGGCUCAUUCUUAAUGACAAGGAGAGAAUAACAGCUAAUGAAGACGUGUUGUUUUCCAAGAUCUUGUUGAAAGUUGUUCCACCAGGAUCACUUAAGUCAUGGGCUGCAUGUAAUCGAGGAUGUUUUGCUCUUAUCAGUUUACUGGAAGUGGAUGAUGAUGAUGUUACAACGGCCGUCAAACAGCAGCUUUCAGGAAUCAGAAAAUCUCUGAAGAAAAUGACAUUCAGCGGAGCACAUCUGCUCGUGAAAAAACUGGAAGCAUCAUCGCCCACACGGCCUCAGAUGAUCGACUUGUGAUUCCACUUCAUAAGCAGACUGGAUGGCUGUACAGUUAAAUUGCAUGAAAUGUUUUAAUAUGUUGUAAUAUGUUGUGUCCUGGACGAUAAUAAAGACUUUUCUUAA